GUCACCAAUGAUGUCACUCGGCUGUCCCUUUUCGUUUCUACAUCUUACGCAACAGAGCUGCUUUCAAUUAGGCAAGUCAUCUCUGAAUUAAUUUUCCAGCCAAAUAUCAGCUAAGACACAUGGCAGAAAAUGGGUUUGGAUCGAUUCGCUACGCGGUGAUUGAUGCAUUUACAGACCAACCAUUCAGAGGGAAUCCUGCUGCAGUAUGUUUGUUAGAGGAGGAUAAGGACACAGAGUGGAUGCAGACCGUUGCAGCAGAGUUCAAUCUCUCAGAGACUGCUUUCCUAAGAAGAAGAGAAAAUACCCAUCAAAAUGGAAAUGCUUUAGAUAAUGAUGCUGAAGAGUUUGAAUUGAGAUGGUUCACCCCAGUAACCGAGGUUGAUCUUUGUGGCCAUGCGACUUUAGCAUCUGCACAUUUCCUCUUCUCCUCAAGUCUUGUAAAUUGUAAUUUGGUGCUCUUCCACACAAGGUCCGGAGCUUUAACUGCUCUCAAAAUUGAAGGGUUUAAUAAAGAAGGCAAAUCAUUUGGAAGCAAGACAGAGAGAUUUGCCAUAGAACUGAAUUUUCCACAGAGUUCAGUGUUUGAUUGUGAUUCUUCAGACGUUCCUUUGCUGUCCAACAGUCUCAAGGGACUUGAAGUGCAGAGUAUUAAGAAGACGACAAGCAAUGAUUUGCUUAUUGAACUUGCUUCAGGAGAACAAGUUGAAAGCCUGCAGCCUCAAUUUGAUGAAAUUCAGAAAUUGAGUGGCAGAGGGGUCAUUGUAACAGGGCUCGCUCCCCAGCAAUCUGGAUUUGAUUUUUACUCACGUUUUUUCUGUCCACAAUUUGGCAUUAAUGAGGACCCUGUUUGUGGAAGCGCCCACUGUGCAUUGGGACCUUAUUGGGCCACAAAGCUUGGGAAAACCCAUUUAGUUGCUUACCAGGCAUCAAAAAGAGGUGGGAAGUUGGUCCUUCAAGUGGUAGAGGAUGGAAAACGUAUUCUUUUACAGGGUGAAGCUGUUAAUGUCAUGUCAGGCAUGCUUACAGCUUAGCUCAAGGAAAUAUGAGAGUGCAAAGAUCUUGAUAGAUACGUUAUAAUAUGGCUAACCGUUGGGGCAUAUUUAAUGUCCUAAAGUCAUCAGCUUACACUGAUUGCUGGGGGAUUACCUCUCAUGUCACAAAUUAUUUAAGAUAUUUAUUAAAUUUAAAACCUUUUUUUUUCCCUAUUUCAAAA